GGCAGUUCGGCCCAAACCUCGCGCCGCACUGCCGCCGCCGCCAAAGCCGCAAGCCAAAAGGGGAACACCCGCCGCAAAACCCCCAAACCUCUCGCCGUUCUCUUCCCCCAUGUCUCCCUCCGCGCCGCCGUCCGCCCUCCGCCUCCGGGGGCUUCCCAAGGCUUCGCUGCCGGCCUCCUCCUCUUUCCCGCCCUCCGCUCGCUUCCCCCACCACCUCUCCAUGUCCGCCUCCUCGUCUCGCCGCCCUCCGCCCCUCGCCGCAACGGCGGCGGCCGCCGGGACCGGGAGUGGCGCCUCCCCAUCCCUCCUCGCAGCCGACCCGGGCCACCGCGACGCCGUCCUCCUCGCCGCUCGCGGCGCCAUGGCGAACUGCCUCGGCGAGACCAGCCUCCACCUCGCCGUCCCCGGGCUCCGGCUCGCGGCCAAGGGCAAGGUGAGGGACGUGUACGAGAGCGGGGAGCAUCUGGUGCUGGUCACCACCGACCGGCAGAGCGCGUUCGAUCGCGUCCUGGCUUCCAUCCCUUUCAAGGGGCAGGUGCUCAACGAAACAAGCCUUUGGUGGUUCGAUAGGACCCGUCAUAUCACUCCAAAUGCAGUAGUUUCUUCUCCUGAUAAGAAUGUGACAAUUGCAAAAAGGUGCUCAGUUUUUCCAGUUGAAUUUGUUGUGAGGGGAUAUGUUACUGGAAGCACUGAUACAUCUUUGUGGACUGUUUAUAACAAAGGUGCGAGGAACUAUUGUGGAAAUGUUCUACGUGAUGGAAUGGUAAAGAAUCAGAAGCUAUCUGCAAAUAUACUUACACCAACAACUAAAGCUGCAGAUCAUGAUGUUCCUGUCACUCCUGAAGAGAUUAUCAAUUCAGGACUAAUGUCAAAGGAAGAUUUUGAUGAAGCAAGAAGCAAAGCCUUAAGCUUAUUUGCAUAUGGGCAGGAAGUGGCCUUAGAGAAUGGACUGAUUCUAGUUGACACAAAGUAUGAGUUUGGAAAAACAGCUGAUGGGACAAUCAUGUUGAUUGAUGAGGUACACACUCCUGACUCCAGCAGAUAUUGGAUUGCUGAUUCUUACGAAGAGAGAUUCAGUUCUGGUCUUGAGCCUGAAAAUGUUGACAAGGAGUUCUUAAGACUCUGGUUCAAGAACAAUUGCAAUCCAUACGAAGAUGCGGUUCUGCCUGAAGCUCCAGAAGAACUAGUUUGUGAACUAGCUUGGCGGUACAUUUUCCUGUUUGAGACAAUUACAAACACAAAGUUCGAGAUCCCCAAAACUCAGGAGCCGAUUCACGAAAGAAUAUCAAGGAAUGUUGCACAAGCCUUGCAGAACCUUUGAUUGUGGAUAAGGAAGAGGAUUUCCAGAACAAAAACUUGCUUGCUGAUGAGAAUAAGAGGUGCACUUCUGGACUUCUGGUACCGGCAUUACUAAUAAUAAUAUCAGCGUACGUUCAUGCCGUCUAUCAUUCAAAGUAUACGUGUGCUCCGAGAUGUAAUAUGGUUGGAAACAACUAUAGCCAGAAUCGCCUGGCAAUACUCUCUGCCCUUAAUAGUUUCCCUGUUGUGAGGGUCAGUGAGUGAUAGAGCGCCAUACACGGUAUGCAUGAUUGCGUGCUAAUAUUUUUUUCACCCUGUGAUGUAACAUUUUCUGGGGUUCACAUCGUUUA